AUGACUGCAAUGCAAUACCGUGCAUGUAUUGUGACUGAUGCGCUGUGCACCAUCAACAAGUGUGCAACUGUCACUCGAUAUAUCGACUCUGAUAUGCAACACUAUGCUGUGUUUACCAUGAUCAUGUUUUUGAUCAAUCUCGGACUCAAUACAUGGUUUGUCAUGUUGGAUCGUGUGAAUGUGUCAUGGACUGCAAUUUAG